AUGCUCCUCCUCGAAGCCGUGGUGGACGGCGGCGAGGGCAGCCGCGACGGAGCGUUGGAACUCAGAGAUCGUCACUUGCGUGUCUUGCUUAGCGUCGCAGCAGAGCUUACGCUGAGACUCGGAGAGGAGAUGCUGCUGCCCGUCUGCCCCGCGUUUCUUCGGCAGGCGGCGGACCAGCUGAGUAACAAACUUUCGCACGCUCAGCACCUCGAUGAGGUCACAUGGACCACCAAGAACUGGCACGGGCUGCAGAUGCAGCGCUUGUCUGUCGUUCUCCAAACCGCCGUGGCGUGGCAGACGGUGAACGAGCUAGCGUGCGGGGAGAGCGGCAUUGUGCACGGAGCUAAGUGCAUUGCCGUUCUUAACGGAGUCGCUUAG